AUGCAGACGCGCUUGACCUCUGAGGCAGUAGAUCAUAUCAGUCUUCUGCGCGACGUUGACGGCAUUGAUUCCCUUGCCAACGAGCUUCGUCAGACCCAGCAGGAGACCGAUAGCACAGCUACAGGCCCGAGCCGGCAAUCACUGAUUCCGCGCAUUCAAUUUUUACGUCUCUCAGCCAUCGUUCGAGGACAGGUUGGCGUGCCUGGCGCAACUCCUCCAUAUCAACCUGUCCCGCCUUCCCUGUAUCGCCCGCUGAGUCUCGAUCAAGACGAAAGCGUAGGUCAGGGCGAAGUGACGAAUCCUUCACCCUUGCGCAAUUUCGCUCUGUCAAAUUAUUCCACAGGUUAUGAGUCACAGCGAGACGCGCAUAUAACGACGCAGACGACCUUUGAGAGUCUCUCUAGAAGUCUGUUCUCUAAGGCCAUCAAGAUGCCUCAGACGGGGUUUCAAGCGCUAAUACUAUGCGGUCCGGGCAUCGGGCUCAGCACCUUCACCAGUGUGCCCGCAGAAUAUCCCAAGGCUCUCGUCGAAGUCGCGAACCGACCUAUGGUCUGGUACGUCUUGGAUUGGUGUUACCGGAUGGGCGUGACAGAUAUCACCCUCAUAACUCCGCCAACAUCAAAGGACACAAUUGGCGCCGCUCUUGCGCAAAACCCCUACCUCACGUCGCUUCCCUCGCCAUCGGCCGAUCUUCUAGCCCCUACAUCGCUAGAAUACACUACCCCGACGGCAGAAUUGCUCAGACUACCAGAAGUGCAGCAAGUGAUCAAAUCAGAUUUCUUAUUGCUCCCCUGCGAUCUGAUUUGCGACAUUUCAGGGGACCAUUUCUUGGAGACUUACUUCACCCGGCUAGGCGGACCGGGCGGUAUCGGUGCCAGUUCUGGCUUAGACUUUGACAUGUCACGAAACGAGUUACUAUCGCUUGGAGGCGAACGACGGGGUCGGCGCGGUGGCCUGUCGAUAUGGUACAAUACAGUCGAUAGGGAGGAGAGUGUGAAAGGUGAAGAAUGCGAUUUCAUGUGCACCUCCAAACUCGACCCCGAGCACGAUCUGGCACUCUCCAAAACUGCCAUCAUGCAAUCCCAGGGAGUCCUUCGCAAACUGGUCUGGACGAUGCCCAUGUCCGAACUUUGGGACCAGUGCGAGGAGGACAAAUCAUGGAAGAUUCGGCAGUCGCUCCUCCGCAAGUAUGGGGCAAUCAAGUGCAUGACCAAAUAUCGCGACUCACAUAUCUACUUCUUCCCCUACUGGGUCAAAGAUUUUGCAAAAUUCAACGAAGAUUUUGAAUCCGUCAGUGAAGAUCUCGUUGGGACGUGGGCAAAAGCCGAAUGGCGCAAACCAAGCUAUCGAGCACGAUUCGGCGCGAGGAAAAUAUUCACACACCGCCUCAGCUCCAAGGGGGAUGAAGUUCCUUCACACGAACGGCCGAUCGAAGAGGAAAUCGACUUGCUAUCAUUGAGUAGCACCCACGUCACAAGCCAUCUGGUACAUCGAUCUACAACAGCACCACGCACAGCCCGACUUGCAUCAAGAGUGCAGACAGACUCGGAAGACAGAAUCCUCUCGGCAGACGACGAAUCACAAGCUUCCGAAGAAUCAGGACCUGUACCGCUCGUCCCUCCGAUCCUCUCAUACAUACUUCCUUCCACUCCUGACGCUCCCUUGGUGCGUCGCGUGGACACCACCCCGCUCCUCCUCUCUGUAUCGCUCACCCUCGCCAAACUCUCCUCGAUUGAAGAGUGUCUCGGCAACAAAUCAGCCAUCCCACCAUUUUCUCACCCAGCCAAAAUCCACGCAACCGCCACCAUCGCACCGCGGGUGACGAUCUCUCGCUCUGACACACUCAUCGACAGCAACAGUACAAUUGCCACGCAAUGCGUGAUCAAGAACAGCGUCAUCGGCGCCUCGGUCGCAAUCGGCACCGGGGCUCGAAUCACGGGCUGUGUUAUUAUGGACGGCGCAACGAUUGGGGAUAAAUGCGUCCUGACGGGUACGGUCGUGGGCAAGAAGGCCAAGAUUGGCAAUAAAUGCUCCUUGACGAACUGUGAGGUGCAGGAUGGGAACGUCGUCGCCGACGCAACGGAAGGAAAGGGCGAGAAAUAUCUUGUCGGUGGUCUGGAGGAUGAGAUGGAGGGCGAAGAGGGGAUGGGAUUUGAUGAUGAGGCGGAAGACGCAGAGGGGGAAGGGGAGGGGUUGAGCCUGGGACAGCCGUGA